AUGGCCCCACCCUCUGCUAUUGAGGUCUCAGCCGAGACGGACACUUCUGGCAUCACGAUUCCCAACCCUUUGACUGCGCCAAUCACAAGUAACGACAUUUUCGGCAGGAGAAAGAAGGCACUUCAAUCGCAAUGGGGUAUUGCUGCCGCGUCAGAUACAGCAAACUUCCGACAGAAGUCCUAUGAGAAUAAGCCCAAGGCAAAGCGAUGGGAUCACAUCUUGAGCCAGGAGGCUCUCAUCCGGAAAGGUAACUCCCUGAAGGAAGCAGCAAAGUUUCUUGCAACGCCAGGUCUCAUAUCGCUCGGCGGUGGUCUGCCAUCGAGCGAGUAUUUUCCAUUUGAGGAGCUGUCGAUGAGGGUACCCCAGGUCGGCCAUUUCUCGGAAGCAGAAACAAAAGAGUCGGGUGUGCUCAUUAAAGCUGGCAAACAUGAUCUCGCGGAUGGGAAAUCAAUUUUCGACAUUGCCACUGCAUUUAAUUAUGGGCAAGGAGCUGGGUCGGCUCAGCUUCUGCGAUGGAUGACUGAGCACACAGAACUGGUUCAUAACCCCCCAUAUGAGGAUUGGAGAUGCUGCAUGAGCAUCGGUAGUACUUCUGCUCUGGACAUGGCAUUACGCAUGUUCGCGCGGCCUGGAGACGUGGUGCUUUCCGAGGAGUACACAUUCUCCGCCUUUGUGGAGACAGCUCGCCCAAUGGGUGUACGUGUCUGUGGUAUCCCCCUCGAUGCCGAAGGCCUGAUCCCAGAGCAACUCGACAAUAUACUCUCAACCUGGGACGUCAACGUCCGGGGAGCUCGACGCCCACAUCUCCUCUACACAGUUCCCACCGGCCAGAAUCCAACCGGUGCUACGCAGAGCGCCGAGCGUCGACGAGCUCUUUACGCCGUAUGCCAAAAGCACGACAUCUACAUCAUCGAGGACGAGCCAUACUACUUCCUCCAAAUGCAACCCUACACCGGCCCCAACGCCCCCGUCGUCCCGCCUCCUUCCUCCCACGACGAAUUCCUCAAUUCUCUCGUCCCCAGUUAUCUCUCCAUGGACGUCGACGGCCGCGUCAUGCGCCUCGACUCCUUCUCGAAAGUAGUAUCGCCCGGCGCGCGUAUCGGCUGGGUCACAGCUUGCGCCGAGAUUGUGGAAAAAUACACCAAGCACGCAGACGUCAGCACGCAAAACCCGUCUGGCAUGUCUCAACUUAUUCUGUUCAAGCUGCUCGAAGACCACUGGGGCCACGCGGGCUAUCUCGACUGGCUCAUCCAUAUCCGCAUGCAAUACACCAAGCGGCGGGACGUCAUCCUACAAGCCUGCACCAAGUAUCUCCCGACGGAAGUCAUGAGCUGGAAACCGCCCAUGGCGGGAAUGUUCCAUUGGAUGCAGAUUGACUUCAAGAAGCAUCCGCAGUAUCCUGAGAAGAGCAUUGAAGAGAUCGAAGAGAGCAUUUUCUACAGGAAUAUUGAACAUGGGACGAUGUGCAUGAGGGGGAGUUGGUUCUAUGCGGAUGCGGACGAGGAGCAUGAUACGCUGUUUUUCAGGGCGACGUACGCGGCUAGUCCGGAGGAUAAGAUGGAGGAGGGGAUUAGGCGACUUGGGGAGAGUGUGAGGGAGGAGUUUGGGUUGGGGAAGAAGUGA